ACAGCAACAAUUAGAAAAGAAUGAUGGCCGACACUACGUCAUAGUAUUGUUUACAAAAAGUGAAUUGAAUGAAAAAAUAGGGGGGAAGAAUCGCGAUAUGUAAACAUAAUAUUGUUACCUUAAGCUUGUUGUUCGACGUUCGAUGUACGAUUCGAUAAAACAUUUAUAGUUUGACGUUUGACAGUUGCCAAAACAAAACUUAACCAAGCAAUAAUGAACGUUACAAUCGAGAAAACAAAAUACGAGUGUGCCUCCUUGCCAAAACGAUGGCAAAGGGAAGAUAUAUUAAAAAAACAGGGACUUUCUGUUAGUAAAGUGGAGCCAGUGUAUUAUAACAGGACCGUUCGUAAUGAUGCCUCGUUGGUGCCCCCGAUUCGGCAGACAGCGUCCAUUUUUAAACAGCCGGUCACAGUUUACAAAACACAAGAGAGCAAAGUGAAAACUGACCUUAAACAUGGCAUUCAAGAGAAACCUAAGCAAUUAAUAUGGGAGAAAAGACUGGAAGGUCUCAGAGCUUGCGAUUUGGACGGUACGGAGUUUGAGGUUAUGGAACUGCCGAAGGGACUGAAGCCCGUUGGCCCCCACGUAAACGAAGACACCAUUAUACAGAGUGUUGCGACUGCUCUGCACGUCUCUACACAACCAGUGACAGGUCAGUGUGCUUCAAGGAGUUCGCUGGAUAAGAACCCUGGAGUAUUCCUGGACCCAAAGCAACCUCUCGUACAAGCUGUCAGUAUACAGGACGAGGACAUCAAAAGGCAAGAAGAAAGGGUUGCUGCAGCCCGACGAAGACUCCAAGAAGCCUUAAAAGACUUUUGAACAUGGUGAGGCAAUUAAUUAUUUUUUUAUAAGGACUAUUCAGGAUUAAAUUGAAUUUUGUGUGCUUUUUUUUAUAAAAUGAAGUA